UCUAAAAGGUUGACAGAAGCUCAUAUUGACACGCAACAUUUUACUUCCUUAGUCUUGUGAAAUAUUUCUUGGAAACCUACUAUUUCAAACCACCAAGCUCAUUCUGUUAUUUCCCUAAAUGUUACUAAAAACUUUUAUUUGGAAUAAUUUCAUCUUAUCACAAUGAUUAAUUUUUCAACCAAUGCAAAGAUUCAUGUCCUGGUAAGUCAAUAAUCAAAAAUUAUAAAUAUCUGUCUGUGCAACACUUAAGUCAGUGUAUAACCAGUCAGGUAGUGUGCAGAUUUCACGAGAGUUCUAUAUGACAGAGAUGUUGCAUGUGGGGUCAGUAUGAGUGUGAUUUCCACUGCAUCUGUUUAUUUCUGUGGGCGUGAAAGUUCUGUACUCUCUUCUGUUGGUUAAUUACAUUCAAAAGCAUAUCAUGCAAUGCAUUUAAUACAAACCAUUAUUAAUUAAGGCUUAUUAUUGUCAGUUUUUGAAACAAACUCUAAAAUUGCCCAGUAGGUGUGAGUGAGAGUCUCCCAGCCACUGGGGCUUCCGUCAGGAGGGCAUCCGACGUAAAACCUUUGCCAAGUCAAAUAUGCGGAUCACGAAUGGUCCGCUGUGGCGACCCCUAACGGGAGCAGGCAGAAGGAAUAAGAAAGAUGAUGACAAUGACAAUUUUUGAAACAUACACACAAAUGACGUUUGCACAUUCCCUUUUGUGUAUUAUGGAGAAUAAUUCAGACAUAAAACACUCUAUAAUGAAUUACAAAAUCAUUGUGUAUUUUCCAAUCACGGAUGAAUUCAUGCUGGCCUAUGCAGGUCGUUCCCCAGGGUUUAGUAUCUAUAAAUAGCCUACUCUGGCUCAAUAAGAAGUGGGGGACGGAGGUAGGCCUAUAACACCGUGUUUUCAGCCAUCUAAUGCAGGGUGCAUUCAAACACGAUCACCUCUUUAGCAACUGGACAGACCAGAAAAAAUCUAUUGAUUCCCUAUUAUUCAAGCAGACAAUAAACAAAUCCACAUAAUGAGAGACACAUUGACUGCCCAGACAAACAGCUGUAUGUUCAGUAAAUAAAUUAUACACUCGCCAAAAAUCCAUGAAUCUUGUGUAUCAAUGCCCGAACAGUUCCAUUAAGACUUUAUUACAGUGCUUUCCAUAAUGCACAGUCCAUUGUUUCCCAAUGAAUGUACUGGAGAGAUGAACAGAAAUAUGUCAACUUUAGCCUGCUGCUGGUUUAUUGCAGGCCAGACUGCAUUGUACGUAUUUGUGAAUGGUGCUCUAAUCAUCAUCUGUAUGCGGGUCACGACUGUGACGUCUCGCAGCAGCAUUACAUCACUCACGGCUGAACGCGCCCUGCAGACGGAAGAUCAAUCACACAGCACUGAAUGAGUCAGAACACAAAUGACGUCAUACAUUCACCUUAACAACUAAUUGAACGUGAAGAUACGUGAAGAUAGGUCAAUAGAUCUGCACUCUAGACUUUUUUGCCAUUAGCCAGACAGACGAAGAGAUGAUAUGACUAUAUUGUUUACACAUUCCCCUUACAAAGAAAACACUUGUGAACACUUUUGAGGUAAAAUGCACGCUUUACAGUUUUGCAUUUUAUUUAUAGCCUAUUAAAUAAAUAAAAUAGGGAAAGCUUCAUUUGUUUACAAGACGUUUCUUUCGUCCUUCCCAAUUAGUGAAUCCGCAUGGCUCUGCAACUCUAAAGCCUAUUAUCCAAUUUACGCAUCUAGAGUGCGUCUCACGCGUUGAUUGAUCGCCAAGUAUUCUGUCAUUAAUUGCCCUCACGUGAAACGAUUAUUGUUUGCCAAUAUAAAUGUAAUAACGAGCCGCUCGCCACCUCUCUAAUGAGUCAUGAGAAAAAGAAGUGAAGAUAUGUCCGCCGUGCUGAACGCGUUCCUGCGGUGCGUCGCGUUCCUGCUGCCGCCCUCUUGGCUUCAGUUUUGCUGGUGGGUUGGGGAGGCGUCAUGGCCCAAUCCCCGAGCGCGAUUCAAACACACAAAGCCUCUUACAUAUGAGGAAGUAGCAGUUCAUGACGGACCCAAUCCCGUCCACUCUUCCUCCUCUGACAGCUCUGAACCGGAACACUCUCCGUGGUGCCGAUUCUGGCCGCUCUGGUCCGCUGUGGAGCGCAUCCUGACGGCUCCCUUUGCUCUUCACAAGCGCUUGGGAACUUUGUAUCCGCCUUACAGCGUCGCUCUCGGGUUCCCAUCGAGCGACGAGACUAGCGGAGCUCCGGAAGAGGACGCAUUCACGGCGGAGACCAUGAGCACCACCACCGAGCAGCAGCGGCUGUCAGACGCGCCGGACGCGGUCGCGGACAAACACCUACCCGAGAUGAACGCUCCGGUGACCAUCACUGUCGCGAUCCAGGCGGCGGAGGACGAGGAACCUGACGAGGUUUCAUCAAACGCCAUCGAGCUCCACACUGGCAGCGGCAGCGAAGACGAAAUCGGAAGACACGAUAAAUCCAGUGGUGCUGGCACCAGCGGUGGAGAACUCGAGGAGGAGAGCUGGCAACCUCCUGACCCAGAGCUCAUCCAGAAACUUGUAGCACAGAUUGAAUAUUAUCUGUCUGAUGAGAACCUGGAGCAUGACGCAUUCCUUCUGAAACAUGUUCGGCGCAAUAAGCUCGGCUUCGUCAGCGUAAAGCUUCUCACCUCCUUUAAAAAGGUGAAGCACUUGACGCGGGACUGGAGAACCACAGCAUAUGCCUUGCGGCACUCAAACCUGCUGGAACUGAAUGAUGAGGGCCGUAAAGUGCGUCGCAGGUCAACUGUACCAGUGUUUGCCAGCGAGUCUUUGCCAAGUCGCAUGCUGCUGCUCAGUGAAUUGAAGCGCUGGCCGGAACUGGGCAUUGCGCUUGGCAGCGAGGGGAACGGAGGCAGCGGAGCGGGACCGACCCAGCAGGAGCGCCUAAUGGAGCUUCUACUGAAGGCGUUUGGAAACUAUGGCCCAAUUUCCUCCGUACGGGUUUUGAAGCCCAGCAAAGAUUUACCAGCUGAUCUGAAGAAACUCAGUGGCCGGUAUUCACAGCUGGGCAUGGAGGAGUGUGCCAUUGUUGAGUUUGAAGAGGUGGAGGCAGCAGUAAAGGCCCAUGAGGCGGUCAGGGGAGGAGGAGACGGUAGAGGCCCAUUGGGGCUGAAAGUUGUUCUAAUCGGCACUAAACCACCUAAGAAAAAGGUCUCGAAAGACCGGCCACGAGAGGAAGGCGUCAGUGGCAUGCGUAAGAGUCGCUCGCUGAACAGUCGUGUUCGGGAGUUGCAAUAUCACGGUGAUGAAUCAGCCGCAAGCUCUUCGGAAACCGAGAGUAAUCCCACAUCUCCGCGGUUGGCCCGCAAGUCCCGCUCCUGCAACAAGCUCAGUCCCACCAGCGCAGGUCCCAACCACCUUAGUCCGGUGGUGUCCCCGCGUUCAAGCCCCUGGAGUAGCCCGCGGGCCAGUCCCUGCACCCAACGCAAAACGCACCACUCUGGCAUGUCUCCUUUGGUUAGCGAGGGCAGGUUGAGUCCUGAACCAGGUUGGCGCUGGGCAGACUAUUCCUCAGACAGCAGCCUGACGCCCUCUGGUAGCCCCUGGGUCCAGCGUAGGAAACAAGUGGCAAGUCAGGAUAGCAGCCCUGUAGGAAGUCCCAUGCUUGGCAGAAAGAUCCAGAAUGCAGACGGUCUUCCCCCAGGUGUGGUGCGGCUACCUAGGGGACCUGAUGGCACACGUGGGUUUCACUUUGCUCCCUCUGGUUGUGAUUGGGGCAAGACUGCAUCCACUCAAACCUGACUUUCAACUCUAAACCACCCACUCCCUCACUCUUCUGUUGCCCAUUUGGACCCUCAAACUGUUUCGCUGUUGGAAUUAUCAGUCGUCACCAUCUCUGUAGGACUGGUCUGUCUUUUGUAAUACCUUUUUCUAUAUGCUAUAUUUUUGUUAUUUUAUAUAUCUUAAUUUAACUGCUUUCAGACUUAAUGAUGGUAUUACAACAAGGGAAGCUGUUUUGAAAGUAUUUAAGUUUUAAAUCGCCCCAAUAUAUUUUUGUCAAUGUUGCUGUAAGAAAUUGAUAAUGAAGGGAUUGUCCUGACACCUUUUUGUGGCUAGUAUAACAAUGCACAUAUCUGACUCAUGUGAAAUGUUGUAAAUGUUGUGUGUGGGUCAUAGUUUGGGCAUUUGUUUACAGUUACACCAUCUAGCUUUGAUCAGUUUCAAGCAAAUGUGGCUAUAAUCUUUGAAUUACCCAGCACUGGGCCAUUUUGAUCCUUAAUGCAAUAUUUUUGUUUUAUUUGCUUUAAGUUAUGUUUUCUGCCUUUAAACAUGCUUCUGAUUUUAGUGUUUACUGAUUAGCUGGGAUCUAUUUUUUUGUUUCCUUAAAUGCUUUUCUUUGGGUCAAGUUCUCUUCUGAUUCCUCGGAGUGUAGCACACAGUGGAUGAGCGUUUGAGGUUUAUGUCCUGAGCACAUACUGCCCCGUGUUUGCCUUGAGUUGAGGCACCGCACAGUCUGCUUCCUAUUGUACAAAUAAAUCACUACAAUUGCAUUUGUCUGGGGUAUUG